AAUCUGAAUGGAUCACAAGGCACUCAGGCAUAAAUACAAUUAGUCACCUGAGAUGUUCUAUAUAUCAUCUUUCAUUGGUCAUAUUACAGAUCCUAAGUUACAUUACGACCAAUGUGACUUCCAUUUCGUAAGCAGCAGCGCUUUGUCCUGAGGUACUACAUCCAGUUAUGAUGAUUCCAAGAACCUUCUCCUUCUAAGGAGAAGACUGAAGAUCGCCUUUGAGGAUGUUUGCCUUCGUAGACAUUUUACUCUAGACGGAUAGUGUUGAUACAUCCGGUUGUCGCGAUGGCGAAUCCAUUCCAUGAAUCCAGCCCGGAAGCAGCAGCGCAUCCUCCCGAUGCUUCCGGGGACAUUACCUUGAUGCUCCGGACGGGCAAAGGCGCGACUCUGAAUUUGGGAACAGACUCGUUACUAGUACUAGAGGAUGAGCCUGUCACAAAGAGGACCAGCAGUUGCGGUUUACCCUUGAAGCGUCGCGCCCGUUCCCCUACGAAGUCCAUUCCCUACUCUGACAUCCUUUGGGUGUCUCAUAUGUCAACCCAAGUCACAAUCACCUACGCCGUACAUCCCACCUCCUCCACGGCCCGUCCUAUACUCACAUCAUAUCAAAUUGACAAAACUGCCCUGGACAACGUGGAAACGUGGGUCGCUCGCCUCCUGAGCCUUGCUUAUGGCAAGGCGCUAUUGCACAAGCGCAUCAAAGUCAUCAUCAAUCCAUUCGGAGGACAAGGAAAAGCAGCGAAAUACUACCUUCGAGACAUCGAGCCGAUCUUUGCUGGGGCUAGUUGCACAAUCUCAGUGGAACAAACGGAAUAUCAUGGACAUGGCGUCGAGAUCGCGCAAGCCCUCGACGUUGAGGCAUGGGAUGUGGUAGCGUGCUGCUCCGGGGACGGCGUUCCGUACGAGGUGUUCAACGGCCUUGCAAAGAAGCCAAAUGCUGCAUAUGCGCUGUCGAAAAUUGCCGUGGUCCAACUUCCCUGCGGUAGCGGAAACUCCAUGAGUUUAAAUCUCGCUGGCACAGACAGCCCGAGCCUAGCUGCGUUGAGAGUCGUCAAGGGGGUACGGACACCCCUCGACCUGAUGUCCAUCACACAGGGGGAUCAACGUACCCUUUCCUUCCUUUCGCAGUCAUACGGCCAGAUUGCCGAAUCCGACCUCGCGACCGAGCAUCUCCGCUGGAUGGGCGCCGAACGGUUUACGUACGGAAUGGUAACUCGCAUUCUCCGCAAGGCGACGUACCCCUGCGACAUCGCCAUCUGCACAGCUAUCAAGGAUAAGGAGGACAUCAAGUCAUUUUAUUUAGAACAAACCACGCAGCCCAUCGAGAAGUCAUGGAAGCGGCCGGCGGUAGGGGAAGAUGCACCACUUCCACCGCUUCGAUUUGGCACCAUCAAUGACCCAAUCCCCGAGUCGUGGGAGACAAAUCCCGAAGACAAGAUGGCCAUGUUCAUUGCAGGCACCAUGGCCUACUUGGCUCCCGACACCAAAAUAUUCCCUGCCUCUCUCCCGUACGACGGCCAUAUCGAUCUCGUGCGGAUGUACAGCGACGUCCCGCGGCUGCAGGCAUUCAAAUGCAUGGGAGCAGUUGCGAACGACACCUGGUUUCAGCAAAAGUACGUGAGUUACGAGAAGGUGGUCGCGUACCGCCUCAUCCCGAAGAAUCAGGAGGACGGAUACAUUAGCAUCGAUGGUGAAAGAGUCCCGUUCCAGCCAUUCCAGGUCGAAAUCCACCAGGGUCUUGGAACGGUGUUGAGCUGCAAUGGCCUGAUAUACGAGGCCAAAGGCCCUUGAUUUUAUUUUCAUAAGUUGAUACCCAGGGUUUGUAUUCUCUUUUUUCCGGCACAUGGCAUUUUUAGAGCGAAGGUUCAGUCGUUUUGAUACUUUACCCUACCUAAGCUGUACACCAAUUUUGAAAUUGAUACCCAGAGCAUGCCGUUCCGCGACGGCACCGAAGUUGUAG